AUGGACCAGGCCCAGGACAGGGCCCAUGGGCCUCGGCCCGGCACGGCCAGGGUCCACGUGCGGGAGCUGAGCUGGCAGGGCCGGCACAACCCCCGCCCGCAGAGCACGGACGCGGACAGCCGCGGGGGAGACCCGGGCGAGCGGCUGGUGGAGGAGGGCCUGGGGCCUGCCCGGCUGCGGGCCCUGGCCCAGGUGGACGACCUGCGGCAGGUGACCGUGCUGGAGAUGUGCGUCGAUACCCAGGAGCACAGCCUGAGCAACUUCGGGGUGCACCUGCCCAACCUCAGCCAGCUGAAGCUGAACGACAGCCACCUGGGCUCCGUGAGGGACCUGGGCACCUCCCUGGGCCGCCUGCAGGUGCUGUGGCUGGCUCGCUGCGGCCUGGCUGACCUGGACGGCAUCGGCUCCUGCCCGGCCCUGCAGGAACUGUACGUCUCCUACAACGACGUCUCGGACCUCAGCCCGCUGUGCCUGCUGGAGCAGCUGGAGGUGCUGGACCUGGAGGGCAACAGCGUGGAGGACCUGGGCCAGGUGCGCUACCUGCGGCUGUGCCCGAGGCUGGCCACGCUCACCCUGGAGGGCAACCUGGUGUGCCUGCGGCCAAGCCCCUCCAACAAGGUGCCCCAGGGCUACAACUACAGGGCAGAGGUGAGCAAGCUCCUCCCCCAGCUGCAGGUCCUGGACGAGAUGCCAGCCACACACACAGGCCUGCCGGCCUCCCGGAAGCUGGAUCGGGACUGGCUCAUGGUGAAGGAGGCCAUCAAGGAGGGCAGUGUCCUGGACAGCCUGCUGCCCGGGCUGGGUCGUCCCCACGGAGACCCCACCCGGAGAUUCAGCCCCGAUCGAUCCCUGCCUGAGCCCAGGGCUCCCAGGCGUUGGCCCCUCCCCCUCCUGGUCCCGGGGGGUCCCCUGCCUGAAGGUCUGCUUCCCAAGGACCCGGCCCCGGAGGACGACGCCAGCAACCUCACCCACGGCGCCGGCCGAGUCCUCUGCGGAAACCCCACCAGAGGCCUCCGGGAGCGUCAGCAGCGGUGCCAGGCCGGGGCGCCCCCAGAGCAGCUGCCCCCACACAGGCUGGAAGGCCUGGCCUCCCGGGCCUGCACCCCCGGGCCUGACCCCGCAGACGGCCGGGACCUCCAGGCCUUGCCUGGACUCCGGGCGCCGAGGGAGCUGCCCCUGCGGCACAUGCAUUCUGGGCAGGAAGGAGCAGCCGCCGCCCAGGGCUCACAGGGGGGCCCUGAAGAACCAGGGGACGAGACAGGGACCAAGGCCUCCCCCAGCUCCUCAAACGUGGCCCCAGGGCCUUCUCGGACCUCGGGCUAUAACCUGCUCCCCUCUCCCCCCAAGGUCCCCACGCCACCUGACUCGAACAGCGGCUGCCGGACGUCCAAAGACCUGCAGCUCCGCGGGCGUCGGCUCCGAGCCCUGGGCAGCUCGGCGCCGGGCCUUGGGCAGGGGCUGGCUGCAGUGGCUGCCCUGAGAGCCCUGGAGUUGGCCUCUGGACCGAGCCCUCGAGCCCAAGGACGUCCAGGCCCAAAGCCGGCACCAGACGCAGCGGCCAGACCCCCAGCCCUGAGGUGCCGGCCGCACUGAAGCCCUCUCGGCCCAGCCCAGUCCCUCCCCUAG